CGCGCCGGGGGAAGUGGGAGUUUACGGGAAGCACCUGAACGUAGCACAACAUUACAGCACUCCAGCGGUGAGAAGAAACAAGAUGCAGACCAUAAAGUGUGUGGUGGUGGGUGAUGGUGCGGUGGGAAAGACUUGCCUGCUUAUCUCCUACACCACCAACAAGUUUCCCUCUGAAUACGUCCCAACAGUUUUUGAUAACUAUGCAGUGACGGUGAUGAUCGGCGGCGAGCCGUACACUCUGGGACUGUUUGACACUGCAGGUCAGGAGGACUACGACAGGCUGCGACCCCUCAGCUACCCUCAGACCGACGUCUUCCUCGUCUGUUUCUCCGUAGUAUCGCCUUCCUCUUUUGAGAAUGUCAGAGAGAAGUGGGUGCCGGAGAUCUCCCACCACUGCCCGCGGACCCCCUUCCUGCUGGUCGGGACUCAGGUGGAUCUGAGAGACGACAGCAACACUCUGGAGAAACUGGCCAAGAACAAACAGCGAGCCCUGAGCUGUGAGAGCGGGGAGAAACUGGCCCGAGAGCUGAAGGCCGUCAAAUACGUGGAGUGUUCAGCUCUCACACAGAGGGGUCUGAAGAACGUGUUUGACGAGGCCAUCCUGGCAGCUCUGGAGCCUCCAGACAACAAACCCAAGAAGCGCUGCGUCCUGCUAUAGACGCCACAACAGGAGGACGAGGACGAGGAGGAGGUGGAGGUGGAGGUAGACAGAGAUGAACCCAGAUGGGAACGGAGGGAGGCAGUACGGAGAGGAGGGGGAUGGUGUGGGAGUGGACGAGGUCAUUUGUAAACAGUGCCUUCAGCCGUAGUGACUUACCGCGGGGUGUGGUGUUGGAAGAGGCUUUCUUUUCAUCAUAGAUACGUGUCCAUUAUAAUAUGACUAACACAUGUGGACUCCUCACUAACCAGGAAACAGGUUUCAAUAAUAGGAGGAGAGGGUUACACGCCUUAAAGAUACAAACAGUGGGUGGAGUCACGGUUACAGCUCCAACUGGUAACCACCAACUGAAAAUGAUGACGUUUAUCAAAAGAUAUUCACCCAAGUCACACAUUGUAAAGUUUAAGAUGUCUUUGGUCAGUACACGCCGUCGUAGAUUGCGCUGCCCUCUUACAUUGAUGGAGAUUUCUGGUUAAGUUUGGCUAGCAUCAUUCCUUUGAAAUGGAGGUUAUAAUAAUGAUCCUUUUCAUUAUAUCAUCUCUUUCUUUGGUCUAAAGCAGGUUGCAUUUGCACCAAAGAAAUAGUAGUAAAAAACAAUGAGGCAUUAAUGAUAUUUGUUACCAGCCAACAGUCUGAUUAAAACGAUUAGAAGAGGCGAAAAUGGAGCAGAAAUAAACACUUUCUACAAACAACGUUUUUUAUUGAAAGAGAUAUAAAAAGCCAGUUUGUGAGCAUCGUGCCCUGCAGCUGCCGUCGUGUUUAGUGGUUCAGUUUGAGUGGCCACGGUAACCUGACUUCAUCCAUAAAAGAGAUUCAGAUGGGCUAAUUAGAGUUUCUGUAGAGCUUCACUGACUUCGGCUUUGCAGUAUAAAAUACGAUGUUAACGCGUGCGCGCGCACACACACACACACACACACACACACACACACACACACACACACACACACACACACACACAGCAGUUAAUGAUGCACACCUGCAAUAAUCCAACAACAGGAGCGAUGAUCGAACUUGCACAUCCUUAAGAAAAACGUGAUUGAGGAAAACAAAUCAAAUCUUUCAGUUGGAACAUGAGUAGGUUGGUUGGUAGGUUUCAUGAGACACAUUUCAAGGCACAGGGUGGUCACCUGACAGAAACGUGUUAGUGUUCAGCAAACAUUGCCUUUUCUCUCCUGCCGUCUCACUGUGGACAUCCUCACACUCCACCGUCACAGGGGAGUCAUUAUGUUUGGCUGUAACUCUUUAAAACUGCAUACCACCUGAUAUCAAGUAUUUAAGGUGUUACAUGUAGACCCCAUCCCAAAUAAACCAAUAGCAUGUUUAAUGCAAAAGAAACAGAGAAGAGUGUCGGCCUCUGUCUGUUGUGACACUUAGAUACAUUUAUGAGAUAUAAGUCCAUGAAACAUUUGCCAAACAGCCAUCUCAAUUAGAGUCCUAUCAAGACAUCAUCUAAUACAAAUGUUGCACACAAAAAAGAAGGCCUUAAUUUAACUGCAGCACCAAUGCCAGAAUUCACCUCAUGUAUUCAAUUGUGUGUGUAUACUGAAACUUUGAGUAGUAAUGCCUUAACAUUUGUAAUUUCGUUCUCAAAAACGUUUCUGCCUUAUUGCUUAGGAUCCUAAAAAGUCAUAUUUUUGUGUCAGUUGUUUUGUCUUUGGAAAUCUAGUAACACCAACCAGCCCUUCUUCUUUAGCAGGCUAUUUCAUUUGUGACACAUUAAACAGUAACCUAACCUGUUGAUGAACUGGUUAAUGGAAUCCUAACUCGCCUUAUGCUGUGGAUAGUAGAUGUGACUAAUGAGCAAAACAUUUCACUCGUGACCUCCUCGUAUUGUUCGCUCCUGCUUCGCUCUCCUCGUUCGUUUGGCGUGUUAGCACCUCCUAGAGGCCUUAAAGGGGAAUACCGCUCAGUUUAAAGGUUUGUGUUGUUUCUUUGGGCAUCAAGAAAUCUCCACUGGAGCCUAAAAUAGGAUAAGUUAGACUUAGCUUAUAAUAUCAUCAGUUAUACCAUCAGGCAUCUUUAAGCAGGCAACCUGUUUGGGCGUUUUUACCUUUGUGUUAUGAAGCUAAAUUAUAAGUACUAAACGAGUUAAUUAGCUAAGGAUCUGGAAUAACUGAUGUUAUGUCGUGUUUUGGUAUACUUUUUUAAGCUCUUCAAUACUGAUUAACCACGGCCAAAUAAUAACCAAAAUCUUUAAACUGAGAAGAUUUCCUUAUAAAAAUUAACUAUAAUUCCACUUUGCUUAUAUUUUUUCCACUAUUUUGGAGAUGACAGUUUAUUCUGAUAAUGUAUGGAUGAUUACAAGUAUUAUAUAUAUAUAUAUAAUUUCCUUUGCUCCUUAUUGUUUCUUGGGGAACAUUAUUUUAGCUGUUUUUUGGACAUUUGAGGUUUUUAUUUCUUUUCCUUUUAGAUAUUUUUACUUGACGGUUGAGUGCCAACAGUUUGAGUGAGUAUCACAAACUAAACAACUCUCAUGAUAAGCUUCUAGUGGCAGGAGAAAACAGCUGAAGCAAUAUUUACAGAUAAGUGCUCUGUAUAAGAAGAUGAAUGUUAGAAGUGGUGGGUGUUUGGAAAUAAUAAAAACAGUACUUGAAUGUU